AUGGCACGAACAAGAACCGGCAAAUCCACGACCACAAAGGAAAAAUCAUCCGCAUCGACGGCGUCAUCUUCCACAUCCAGAUAUAUACUCCCGACUUCUUCAGAAACGCCGUCCAGACUAUUUAUACUACCAAAAGAUGCGACUGCAGAUGCUAAGAUAGUAGCACUAACGAACCCUCGAUAUGCCAAACCCACCCGUUAUCUCGUCUGCCCCAAAACGGGCAUAUACGAGUUUACCAGGAUUGCAGCACCAAAGUCCUCUGCCCGCAGCUGGCUGAUAACACAAGAGGACGCCAGCAGCACCGUUCUGGACGACGAGGAUGGCAAACCCCGGAAAGCAUGCCUCCAGGCAGAAGUCAGCAAGGGCGCCGAGCUAUUCGUCGCAACCAAGAUCGAUCCCGUCUUUCUUGUUCUGCCGGCCCUUGCGUUGCAGUCCAAGACGACCGACGCAGACAAGCGCAUGUUUCUCACCAGUGAGGAUCACAUCGACGCGCUGCCCCAGGAAGGCACCAACUUAUCAGAAAUCUUACGGUGGAAGGGAGUUAGAGAAUUAUUAGAGAGUCGCAUGGCAUAUGUAUGCGAUACCGUGGAGGCUGGCGACGAGACCAUGUUCCGCUUGAGCGAGACGAAGCUACUCGAGAUGCUCCUCAACAAGGCCAAGCGCAUGACUUUGCCCAAGAGCAUGCACGACAAGUUCGUCAAAAAGGCUCUCGAAGCACCAGUUCUGGGCCAGAAAAGUCUGGCGCCCAAGGGUGCUGCUGCGCCAGCCGAGGCGGUCCAGUCAGACUCUGACGGGGCCUCGACACCACAAACCGAAUCAACCGACUCCCAAUCCUCGGUCGCAACCACAGACAGCACAGUAUCACAAAGCUCAACUACUGCAACCUCAAUAGCUGGAGAGGAUGCGGACGCUUCUGCUGCUCCUGAACAGGUGGUUGCUGCCAUCGAAGCAUCAGACAAGGUCAUCAAGUUGCAAGAGCUGAGGGUAGCCUUCAACUUUGUAUGCUCCAGCUACCUCCCGCCGGUCAUUGAAACAGUAAUCAAAGACCUACUCUCAGCGAAAUCCGGCACUUUUUCUCAGUUUGUCGACUUCAAGCCGCUAGACGAUUACCUUGGUCGUCUCACAAAGCUUCGACAAGAGGCUUUGCUUACCAGGUCUGCCUCUGACUUUUCGCGUAAGCGCGCUCUGGAUGAGGAGCAGGAGGAGCGCAACGAGAAGAGGAGAAAGAUGGAAGAGGAGGACAAGCGCAAGAAGGCGAAUGAAAGUAGGGGAGUCAAGCAGUUGAAGAAGGUCAACGUGAGCGGGAUGAAGAAGCUGAGCGAGUUUUUCAAGAAAAAGUGA